AUGAGUACUAGUGGGUUUAAACUUAGUGCUGUUCUUUCCGGCCACGAACAAGAUGUCAAGGCCGUAGUGGCCAUCGACACCGAGAACAUUUCAAGUUGUUCUCGAGACGGUACCGUUAGGGUCUGGAAAAAAGGAUUCGAGGGCAUUUGGCAAGGCAACAUUGCGUACCAAUCGGAAAAAUUCGUCAACAGUCUUUGUUUUGAUAUCUAUAGCCAACUUUUGUUCUGCGGAGGUCAAGACACGCUGAUCAACAGCGUUGAAACCAGAUUUGACGGUCUGAGCGCCGAAUCCAAAUACGUGCUUGUGGGCCACCAGAGUAAUGUGUGCGUUCUGAAUAGCUCACAGGGCUACGUCUUGAGCGGUAGUUGGGACUCCACAGCUCGCGUAUGGUUUGAAGGUGCCAUCAAGCACGGGCUGAUAGGGCAUCAAGCCUCUGUUUGGGACGUUAAAAUGCUGCCGCAAGUGGGCACAUAUCUGACUGCGUCAGCAGAUAGGUCAAUUAAGCUGUGGAGCGGCGAGAAAGUGGUCAAAAGCUUCGACAAUAUUCACAGUGAUGUGGUUAGGUACCUAGAUAUCAACUCCACCGGCGAUCAAUUUGUCAGUUGUUCUAACGACGGGACCGUGAAGAUAAAUGAUAUGGAAGGUCGCACACUUCAAACUCUGACGGGACACGAGAGUUUUGUGUAUUGCGUCAAAUACAUGGCAAACGGUGAUAUAGUGAGCUGCGGUGAGGACCGAUCUGUGCGGGUCUGGGGCCCAGAUGGAACUGUCAAGCAAGUCAUACGCAUCCCAGCCGUUUCUGUCUGGACGCUGGAUAUCAUGGAAAAUGGUGACAUCGUGGUAGGGAGCAGUGACAGCAUUAUUCGCAUUUUCACCCGCGACCCCAGUCGAGUGGCAUGCCAGAAAGAGCUGGAGCAAUUCGCUGAAGAAGUAGAGAAAACUGCGAUCAAUUCUCAGACUUCGGGAUUUGAUGAAUCAAACUUGUCGUCCGCUGAUAUUUUGAAAACUGCUGGCAAGGAAGGGCAAAUAGUCGUAGUCAAGAGCCCCUCGGGCGUAAAAGAGGCGCACCAGUUCUCUCAGGGCAAAUGGACAAAAGUCGGGGACGUGGUGGGCUCGACUGGAAAUGACCAGAAAAAAGAAUACGAUGGGAAGAUGUACGACUACGUGUUCGACGUCGAUGUCCAGGAAGGCGCCCCUCCCUUGAAACUGCCCUUCAACGCAAAUGACAAUCCUUACCAGGCCGCAGACGAUUUUCUGGCAAAAUAUGAGCUACCUGCUAGCUACAGAGAAGACGUUGUGCGAUUUUUGAUCACCAACACCGGCGGCACUGAGCUUCAACGGGGCGACGUUGCUACUGCCCCACAAUCCACCGACAUACCUGAAAAGGAAUUUGCGCCAGUCGAGACUAACAUGGCGAUGCUUCCAGUGACGACUUACCUAGAAAUAAGCACCUGCGAUCCGGAUGCCAUUUUCAGUGCCAUCGCGAAGCUGAACGAAAAAGAGAAGACUUUUGAUGACGAGGAUCUGGCCGCUCUUGGUGCCGGUCUGCACAACAUAGCAGAGAAUUCGGACCUACUAUUCGCACAUGCCUCGAUGAUACGCUUUUCGUGGCAAAACAAAAUUCCAGCUUAUGACAUUAUGCGUUUGAUAGUAACACACCUACCUGAGGCUGACGCGAUAAGCGAAUUCGUGGAGGAAGGUCUGGGCUGUUCUAACUUACAGCUGGAAUUGCUUACCAUCAGAGGCUUGGCCAACUGCUUCCAGAACAAAAAAUGGGGCAAGGAGCUAAUGUCUAAAAGCGCCGUGUACGACUCUAUUUUCCAAACAAUAGAUGCAGACCGUCAACAAACCGCGAAAACCGGCAAUUUGGCCAUUGCCAUUGCUACAUUGAUUUUCAAUUACACUGUCAUGAUACUUCGAGACCAAAACCUGGAUCUUUUACCCACCAUAGCCGAUGCAUUAAACAAUAAAUACGGGCCCUCUACCAUAAUCCAGAAUUCGGAGGAAGCCGCGUACAGGGCACUCGUCGCAUAUGGGAACUUGGCAACAAUUGAGUCCACACUCUUGCAAUUCGCUCCAUCGGUUACAUGGGUUAAAUCAGUUAAAAACAACUACGGACAUCUGGCUAGGUUUGAUCAAGUGUUCAAAGAUCUAAACUUCUCUUGA